UAUUCAAACGGAACCUGCUUGCUGUUGCUACACCCCAGAAAACGUAGCAUGAAAAGCUUUUCUUUACACACAGUUAAACGGAAAUAAUGUCGAAUAAGAAGUGGUGAGGAAAACUAUAACUUAAAAAAGUUGAACCACAACUAACAUGGUUCACAUAAAACACGGGGGCGUUUUUUUUACUGAAGUUGGUUACUGUUUAACGUCCCCACCCAAGUUUCAGUUUGUUUAGUAAAUCGAUCUAUGGUAGGAUCCUCGGCGCCAUUUACAGCCUACAUGGCGCGAGGGCAGACCGCGCUCCCGGGCAGCUUGUGAGCCAUCGGCGCACGCUCUCCCCUUCACAUCUCUAUACGGGUUUACAGGCUACACGCCGCCGGCUCGAGACAGAAGGCUCCGGGCACACACCUGCUUCCAGAUCCUGCCAACGGCAUGCUGGCAGCAACGAACGGGAUGGACGCGGAGGACGGAACUGUCAGUUCUAACUGUGCCAUCUGUGGUGAUAAGGCCACGGGGAAGCACUACGGCGCCUCAAGCUGUGACGGCUGCAAGGGCUUCUUCAGGAGGAGCAUCCGCAAGAACCACGUGUACUCCUGCAGAUUCAACCGCCAGUGUGUGGUGGAUAAAGACAAGAGGAAUCAGUGCAGAUUUUGCAGGUUGCACAAAUGCUUCCGUGCAGGAAUGAAGAAAGAAGCCGUGCAGAACGAGAGAGACCGGAUAAGCUCCAGGAGGAACACAUGCGAUGCUCAAGAACUGCCCCCCAUCACAGUCUUAGCUCAGGCAGAGACCCUGUCUCAGCAGAUAAAUGUCCCUGGUCCCACAGUGUCCUCAGACAUCUCGGAGAAGAGAGCCGCAGGGAUACUGGAGGUGUGCGAGUCCAUGAAACAGCAGCUACUGGUGCUGGUUGAGUGGGCCAAGUAUAUCCCAGCCUUCGGGGAACUGCCGUUGGAUGACCAGGUGUGUCUCUUACGAGCUCAUGCAGGUGAACACCUCCUGAUGGGGGUAGCAAAAAGAUCCAUGCCCUAUAAAGAUAUUCUGCUGCUUGGUAAUGACUGCGUAAUCCAUCGCAACUGUCCAGAAGCAGUGAUAAGCCGUGUGGCGAACCGCAUCCUCGACGAGCUGGUCUCUGCCUUUCAGGACAUUCAGAUCGAUGACAAUGAAUAUGCAGCACUGAAGGCCAUCAUUUUCUUUGACCCAGAUGCCAAGAGCCUAACCAACUCAUCAAAGAUUAAGAGUAUGAGGUACCAAGUUCAGACUAGCCUGGAGGACUACAUAAACGAUCGGCAGUAUGACUCACGGGGGCGCUUUGGCGAGCUGCUGCUACUGCUGCCCGCACUGCAGAGCAUUACCUGGCAGAUGGUCGAGCAGCUGCAGUUUGUCAAGCUCUUUGGCCUGGCAAAGAUAGACAACCUGCUGCAGGAGAUGCUGCUGGGAGGACUAAAUGCUGAACCCGGCCACCCGUCCCAAGCAGGCCACCCCCAGUUAGCUCAGGAUCCCCUAACAGGCCAGACAAUCCUCAUCAGCACACUGCCAGCCCCUAUGCAUGUUGACCAGAUCUCUGCUCCCGAGACCCCAGUCCCAUCACCACCACAGGAACCUGCAGCUGAGUUAUUCAAGGUGGCCACUUCCUCCUCGUCACCACUGCUGUCUGAACAAGCUGUAACAGAAAGAGGCUCUCCCAGAAGCACACACUAGUGCUUGGCAGAGGGCUUACAAAACACAUCGUACUGUAUUACAUUUAAAGUUAUUCUCAAAAGACACAUACAGUUCAGAGUACACAAAAGUGUAUUUGUACUGUAAUAUACUGGACAUCAGCUCUGUCUGUCACCUUCACAUUAAUGUACAUUUGUGCACAG